GGGGAGGAGCCACGCACACUUUGGAAAGUUUGGGAGCGCAGGGCGGCGCGUCAGACCCAGAGCAGAGGCAUGGAGCCGGGGGCCGGCGGCUCUGUGGGGCCGUCGCCUUCCUUCAAGGAGGAGCUGCUCUGCGCCAUCUGCUACGACCCGUUCCGCGACGCGGUGACUCUGCGCUGCGGCCACAACUUCUGCCGGGCUUGCGUGGGCCGCUGCUGGGAGCUGCAGGACGCGCCCGUCUGCCCGGUGUGCAAGGAGCGGGCGUCCCCGGCGGGGCUGCGCACCAACCACACGCUCAACAACCUGGUGGAGAAGCUGCUGCGCGAGGAGGCCUGCCCCGCCCGCCCGCGGGGGCCCCGCUUCUGCCGCCUGCACCACGGCCAGCUCAGCCUCUUCUGCCUGGACGACAAGGAGUUGCUGUGUGGCUCGUGCCAGGGCGACCCGAGACACCAGGGCCACCGCGUGCAGCCAGUACAGGGCACGGCCCGCGACUACCGGGCAAAGUGCAGGAAUAUGGAGCACAGUCUUCGGGAGAAGGCCAAAGCUUUUCGAGCCAUGCGUCGUUCUUAUGAAGCCAUUGUCAAGCACAAUCAGGUGGAAGCUGCCUGGCUUCAGGGCAGGAUCCGGCAGGAGUUUGAGAAACUCCGGGAGUUCUUGAGAGUAGAAGAGCGGGCAGCCCUGGACGCAGUGACUGAGGAGGCUGGGCAGAAACUGAGGCAGGUAGAAGAAAAAAUGAAACAGUUGGCAGAAGAGACAGAGGCCUUGGCUCACGAGAUCGGGCGGCUACAGAUGGAGAUGAAAGAAGAUGAUAUCUCUUUUCUCAUGAAACACAAGAGCCGUAAACGUAGGCUUUCCUGCACGACUGAGCCAGAGCCCAUCCAACCAGGAAUGCUUAUUGAUGUCAGCAAGUACCUGGACUCCCUGCAGUACCGUGUCUGGAAGAAGAUGCUAAGCAGUAUUGAAGCUGUGCCCUUCAGCUUUGACCCCAACACAGCAGCCGGCUGGCUCUCUGUCUCUGACGACCUCACCAAGGUCACCAACCAUGGUUAUCGGGUCCAAGUGGAGAACCCUGAGCGCUUCUCAUCCUCCCCCUGCUUGCUGGGCUCCCGGGCCUUCUCCCAUGGCUCCCACACCUGGGAGGUGGAUUUGGGUGGGCUCCAUAACUGGCGGGUGGGUGUGGCUCGGACUCGUCGAGAGUCUGGUGGGGACGGGCACUCGCACAGCUGCUACCAUGACGCCCGCUCGGGGUUCUGGUACAUCUGCCGCACCCGGGGAGCGGACGGGGACCACUGUGUGGCAUCCGACCCUUCGGCUUCACCCCUGGGCCCUGUGUUACCUCAGCGCCUGCGUGUAGAGUUGGAGUGUGAGGAGGGGGAGCUCUCCUUUUACGAUGCAGAGCGGCAGGCCCACCUCUACACCUUUCAUGGCCGCUUUGGGGAGGUGCGACCCUAUUUUUAUAUAGGAGGUACACGGGCAGACACUCCCCCUGAGCCCCUGCGCCUCUGUCCACUCCAUAUUCAGGUCAAGGAAGAGCUCUAAGGCUGACGGCCUUGGAAUUAAAUCUUUCCCUUCUCUGACUCAACAUCCCUCCUUCCCACUCUCCCCAUUGCCCUUUCCCUGGUAUUCCUGUUCCUUCUCUACCUCUCUACUAUCUGCCCCAUCUUCUCCCCAGAACACUAGUUUUAAGUCACAGGGCCUGUGUUCAAAUCCCAGCUCCACCACUUACUACCUGUGUGACCUUGGGAAAGUCACUUGCCCUCUAUUGGUCUUGAUUCCAUCAUUUUUUAAAUUUUAUUUUAUUUUAUUUUUAUUUUAUUUUUUAGAGACUGUCUCCCUAUCUCACCCAGACCAGAAGUACAGUAGCCACAUCAAAGCCCAACCCAAAUGCUAAUGGGCACAAAAGCUUUAACCUGCCUCUUUUUUCUGGUCUGGGUCAGUUUAUCCCUCCUUAAGCAGCCUGGUUUCUUCCCCUUGUUCUCAGGGGUUCCCCAUAUUGAUAUUAGUUAGUCACCCAAUCUGCUUUAGCCCCAGUGCAGCCCAGAACCCCCCGGCCUCAGCCUCAGCCUCCCCCAGUAGCAGUGGUUACAGGUGUAAGCUGCCAUCAGCAGCCCUCUCAUCCAUAAGAUAAGGGAUUUUGAACAGAGGACUUUCAAGGUCCCUUCCAGCCCCAAGAGAGUCUAUGAUCCUGGGAUCCCUUCACAGUUUGGUCACCAGAUUUCCCAACUUGCUUUCUGUGUGAUAGGGUCAUAGAAUCUAGAGCCGGAAGGGACCCUAGAGACCAUCCAGUCCAACUCCAUCAUCUUAUGGAGGGAGGGAAGUGACUUACCCAAGGUCACUCAGGUAGUAAUUGGCAGAACUGAGAGCUGAGCCUAGGUCUAGAUAGACUAUAUAAGAGGUGAAAGGGCAGGAGAGCAGCUAAGUUAAGAAGAUGCCCAAGUGCCUGACCUCUCCUGGGCUGCUGCUGACUCAGCACCUUAAAGGGCCUCAUAUGCUUCUUCCUCUCUGGCUCUUUUUUUUUUUUAAUUAAAUUUUAUUUUCACAAAGAUUUGCCCUCAUUCCUACCCCUCCUUCCCCCCUCCCCCCAUUGAGAAAGCAAGAAAAGUAAAAUGUCUGUUAAAAACACUCACAGUGAAGCAAAACAAAUCCCCUCAUUGGCUGUGUCCCCACAGUGGGCCUGUUUUCAUUCCUGAGUCCAUCACCUCUGCGAGGAGGUGAGUAGCACAUUUCACGGGGAGUCCUCUGGCACCCUGGUUGGCUAUUGUGUUCACCUGAGUAGGACUGUUCCUUCUCUUUCUUUUCAUCCUCCCUUCCCCAGUACCUAAAGAAAGUUACCACAGCCCAGUUUUCAGCCCCCUCUCUGCACUUCCUCCUCAUUCUUAGCCUUAGCCCAUCCAUGAGCAGGCCCCAAUUUACACCAUAACACGUGGCCCAAAACCAUGUCAUAAAGAGGAUGGUUGGAGCAUCACCCAUGUUUGUGUAAGAAUGACAUCCUAACUGCAGGGCGUGUUAUUCACCAUGGACUCAGUAUCAGGCAAAUCAUGGAAAUGACCAGCAGGAUGUCUUACGGGAUAAAACCUAUAUGAACCUCUACAAUCAUGUUCUAAAUCCUCUGAAAUGGGUAUAGGUGAAUUGUACGUAUUGAUUAAAGCACCCCAAUGUGCCAUAAGAUGUACUGCUGCAUGUAAAAAUAAAAUUACUGUAUCACAGAUUGGACCUAUGACAUGACGAAAAUAAAUAGUGAACAUUUAA